CACUCUGUUUAGACAUUAAAAAAUUGCAGAGCCUUAAAACCAAAACCCUUUUUGCCACUACCACUCUCUCUUUGGCACACACAUGGAACCCUGUUAGAGAAACACCAAAAAACCAACACUCUCUUCAUCAAGGGAACAAGAAGCAUGCGCCUUCGUUAUCCCUACACUCUACGUCCCUUAUUUUUUUCUUCAAAACUCACUGCAAUGACCCCUCAAACCCUCUUCCAUUCUUCUUCAUUCCCAACCCUCAAAAACACUACUUUCUGUCAACGACACCGUUUGCUUCCUCAUAGACCCUUCUUCACCGUGUUCUGUUCCAAACCCACCUCAAGGAACCCUCCAUCGCCUCUCAGAACCAACGGCUACCACGGUGUCUCUCAUGCCAGUAUCCCUAGACCGGUUCAAUUGGAGAACACCGAGGCGAAGAGUGUGGAGUUGCAGUUCAAUAUUUUGAAGCAGAGGUUGGAGGCUGUUGGGAUGGAAACUGGAAUAUGUGUGCCGGGGCAGUACAAUCACUUGCUCUGUCCAGAGUGCCAAGGUGGCGAUCAAUCAGAAAGGAGCCUAUCUCUCUACAUUGCACCAGAUGGGGGAUCUGCUGCAUGGGUGUGUUUUCGUGGCAAGUGUGGUUGGAAAGGCAGCACACAGGCCUUUGCUGGAAGCAGAUCUGCAGCAAGUAUUGUAACCCCGGUUAAAAAGAAAAGAGAGAUUACGGAGAAGGAAUUACAACUUGAACCACUUUGUGAUGAGCUGCUUGCAUAUUUUUCAGAGCGCUUGAUUUCGAAAGAGACUCUGGAGAGAAAUGCUGUGAUGCAGAGAAAAUAUGAAGAUCAGAUUGUGAUUGCUUUCACGUAUCGUCGAAAAGGAUCACUAAUUAGUUGCAAGUAUCGAGAUGUCAACAAGAUGUUUUGGCAGGAAGCAAACACUGAAAAGAUCUUUUAUGGAUUGGAUGACAUAGUAGGACAGAGUGAUGUAAUCAUUGUUGAAGGUGAAAUGGACAAGUUGGCAAUGGAAGAAGCUGGCUUCUUGAACUGUGUCAGUGUUCCUGAUGGGGCACCUCAAUCAGUGUCCUCAAAAGACUUGCCUCCUCUAGAACAGGACAAAAAGUAUCAGUAUCUGUGGAACUGUAAAGAUGAACUAAAGAAGGCAACCCGGGUUAUACUUGCCACGGAUGGGGAUCCACCUGGUCAAGCUCUAGCUGAGGAGCUUGCACGUCGCAUUGGGAAAGAGAAAUGCUGGCGAGUCAGGUGGCCUAAAAAAGGGAAAUCAGACAAUUGCAAAGAUGCAAAUGAGGUUCUCAUGUAUUUGGGUCCUGAUGCACUCAAGGAAGCGAUUGAGAAUGCAGAAUUAUAUCCAAUACGUGGAUUGUUUAACUUCAGAGAUUACUUUGAUGAGAUUGAUGCAUACUACCAUCGAACCUUAGGAUAUGAUAUUGGUAUCUCCACUGGGUGGAAUAAUCUGAAUGACUUGUACAAUGUUGUACCAGGAGAAUUGACCAUAGUGACUGGGGUUCCUAACUCUGGGAAGAGUGAGUGGAUUGAUGCUCUUCUCUGCAAUCUUAAUGAAUUGGCUGGCUGGAAAUUUGCUCUUUGUUCUAUGGAGAACAAGGUCAGAGAACAUGCUCGAAAACUUUUGGAGAAACACUUGAAGAAGCCAUUCUUUAAUGAACGUUAUGGAGAAAAAGUUGAGCGAAUGAGUGUGGAGGAGUUUGAACGGGGCAAGCUCUGGUUAAGCGAUACUUUUUCUCUCAUAAGGUGUGAAGAUGACUCCCUUCCAAAUAUAAGAUGGGUCCUUGACCUUGCAAAAGCUGCUGUAUUAAGGCACGGGGUGCGAGGACUUGUAAUUGAUCCUUAUAAUGAGCUCGAUCAUCAGCGGCCUCCAAACCAGACCGAAACAGAAUAUGUGAGUCAGAUGCUUACCUUAAUCAAACGCUUUGCACAACAUCAUGGAUGCCAUGUUUGGUUUGUAGCACAUCCUAGGCAGCUGCAUAAUUGGGUUGGGGAUCCUCCCAAUCUCUAUGAUAUAAGUGGAAGUGCACACUUCAUAAAUAAGUGUGACAAUGGAAUUGUUAUUCACCGAAAUCGGGAUCCUGAAGCUGGACCUAUGGAUCAAGUACAGGUUUGUGUUCGAAAGGUACGCAACAAGGUGGCAGGGACAAUAGGUGAAGCCACAUUGUUGUAUAAUAGGGUAACCGGUGAAUACACACCAACAGAUAACAAGAGACCAACUGAUAGAAGGAAAUAACAGUGAGACAAAUCAUCAUUUUUCAGUAGGCUUGUACAGUGGUCGACAACAACUACGUCCUAAAAUGAAAUUAACUUCUGAUACUAGGAUUGUGUCUAAAACAUGGCCAAUAGUGUCUUCAUUGGGGUGCCAAAGGGUUAGAUUGAAUCUUAGCAUGGGUUGUGAAAAUUGAUUGUAUAAUAUCAUUGUUUUGGCUUUCAUUAUUUGAAGAUCUUGAAUCCUGUAGCUGUCCUCUUAUACGUGUUAGGAUUACAUCUUUAAUUUUGAAGUUCUGCUUUUUAAUC